AUAAUCCAGGGUCAGUAUUUGAGGCAAACAAUUAAGAUGCUUGUUAAUUAGCUCAACCACUCAAGCAGCAUGUCAAGUUAGCAACAACAAAUUUGUGAUUUGGAUGAAGACAGCAGUGGAUGCUUGUUGAGUUUGUUAAAGAAAUGAAGAAAGCAAAAAUAAACUUACCAGUUAGCAGUUACCAGCAGUGAGAGAAGAAAGAAAGAGCUUACCCACUCUCACUCCAUUUCUGUUAUUGCGUCCAGUCACGCCAAGCCAAGGCGCUAUCAUAUCAAUUCCUCUGCCCCAAACCAACAUCACACGCAAUGCCAUGCUCUAGUCUUGCCCGCUUCAAAUAUUCAUUCUUUUUUUCUAAAUAACGAUCAUGAAAUUGUAAUUAUUCUGUCGAAUUGCUGCUUCUAAUAAGCCCACAGAAACCGAGCGAGCGAGAGAAAUGGCACAUCAGCGGCGGCGCCAACACUAUUACCAACGAUUCCGUCUCAUGAUUCCGGUGUUUUCCGCCGUCGCCGCCACGCUACUCUUUCUCUUCGCUCUCCUUUCGUUUUUAGCUCCUUCUCCCGUCGAAACCGAUCGUAUCCACCGGAGACGCCAACACACUUCGGUUGACGUUCAAAAGGAUGAGGCGAUUGAAAAUUCUGCGUUCCGCGUUCCGAGUGAUGGAGGAAAGUUGGGACGCAAUAUCUGGAGUUCUCGAAAUUCAGAGCACUUCCAUGGAUGCAGCAAUUCCAGCAACAAGUUUCAAAAAGCUCAAGUGAUUACACAGCCGAAUCGGUAUUUGAUGAUCACAACAAGUGGAGGCUUGAAUCAACAAAGAACUGGGAUUACAGAUGCUGUUGUUGCUGCGCGAAUUUUGAAUGCUACUCUUGUAGUUCCAAAAUUGGAUCAACGAUCUUUCUGGAAAGACUCUAGUAACUUCUCAGAGAUCUUUGAUGUUGAUUGGUUUAUAUCAUUUCUGUCAAAAGAUGUCAAAAUUAUCAAGCAACUUCCUACUAAGGGUAGUAGGAAAGCAUUAUCUGCAUACAAUAUGCGGGUUCCAAGGAAGUGUAAUGAAAGAUGUUAUAUAAAUCGCAUAUUACCUGUACUCCUUAAAAAACAUGCUGUUCAGCUCAGCAAGUUUGACUACAGGCUUGCAAACAGGUUGGAUACGGAAUAUCAGAAGCUGAGAUGUAGAGUUAAUUACCAUGCUUUAAGAUUUACCAACCCAAUACUUGCAAUGGGUGAAAAAUUGGUCCAUCGGAUGAGGAUGAGAAGCAAGCAUUAUAUUGCACUGCACCUGAGAUUUGAACCUGAUAUGCUUGCAUUUUCUGGAUGUGAUUAUGGUGGAGGGGAGAAGGAGCAGAAGGAACUGGGUGCAAUAAGGAGGAGGUGGAAGACAUUACAUAAAAGCAAUCCUGAUAGGGCAAGGAGGCAGGGAAGAUGCCCAUUAACCCCAGAAGAAGUUGGGCUCAUGCUAAGAGCAUUGGGAUAUGGUUCUGACAUUCAUAUUUACGUUGCAUCGGGGGAGGUAUAUGGAGGGAAAAGAACAUUGGCACCUCUCAGAGCAUUAUUUCCUAAUUUCCAUUCAAAAGAGACCAUUGCUACCAAGGAAGAAUUAGAACCAUUUUCUUCAUUUUCUUCUCGCAUGGCUGCACUCGACUUCAUUGUUUGUGAUGAAAGCGAUGUUUUUGUAACCAAUAAUAAUGGAAAUAUGGCAAAAAUAUUAGCUGGACGAAGGAGAUACUUUGGCCAUAAACCAACCAUUCGUCCAAAUGCUAAAAAACUUUAUCGAUUGUUCUUGAAUAGAAGUAAUUCAACAUGGGAAGCUUUUGCUUCUAGUGUCCGUACUUUCCAGAAAGGCUUCAUGGGGGAGCCGAAGGAGGUUAGACCAGGUAGAGGCGGGUUUCAUGAGAAUCCAUCGACCUGCAUAUGUGAAGAUUCUGCAGCAGCCAAAGUGGACAAAAAUUCACAAUCUAGAAAAUAUAGGAAGGAUAAUACAACGAAGAAAAAUGUAGCAAAUGAUGAACCGGAUGUUGGCAAUGUGUCUGAGUGGCCAGACAUGGAUGAUGAUGAUGAUGAUGAUCAGAAUGAUCUAGCAGAGAAGGGUACAUUUAAUGAAACAAUUUCGGACUAUGAUGCUCUGAACUUCGAGGAUCCUGAGUUGGAGGAAAUUAUAUCAGAUUAGUGAAGGUGCCUUAUUCAGUGUUGAUGUACCUGUUGACUUAUUAUGGCUCUUUGCCCCCAUCACUUAAGCAGCUCGAUUUGACAGCUGCUUAUAAAGCUCAAAAACAGGAACAGAAAAGGCACGUCUUUCUCAAUACUGGCCGAACUAUAGUAAAAAGACAUCUCAAAAAUUUAAUCGUACGAUCAUCUUCUGCAUUUUUAAGGACAUAAUGGUCUCAGUUUGAUGCUGAAUUUUUGGAGUGUUUAGACUUGUACGAAUCUGUAAAGAGGUUAUCAGAAGUGAGCAAGUAGAGUUAGACGACAACCAUCCGAAUAUAGCUGCACACAAAAUUGAGUUUGUUAAGUAGGAAAAUCUGUAUAUCUUGAGGAAAAUCGUUGCAGUUGAUAGACUGUACACCUUUGUUCCUGUCUUUCUUUGACAUCGAAGCAGUCAACUUCACUUUUAGAAGCAACUAGAUGCCAACUACAGUUUUUGUGCCUAAAGGUAACAUAUCAAUAGUGAUGACCAGACACUUUAGCCGUUUUAAGAACAUGGAUAAAUUCUUUCAUAUAAGCAGUCACUAUAAAAAGUAGAUUUGAUUUCGCAAAUUGCGUGCGUGUUGUGUGUGAGGGUGUAAAAUGAUAAUUGAGUGAACUCUGGUCCCUGUCUGACUGAGGAAGGGAAAGCAAUUCAAGAUCUGAAAGGGCUGGCAUUUUGAUACAA